AUGUGAUUUUCAUCGUAUUGAAUGUUCUAUUCAAGAAAUAGAAUGAACUGGAAAGAGGAAAAGCAUUCUGAUGUUCGAUUCCAUUUUUGAACAAUUCUACAAAUAUUGUUGAAGAAGAUGAAUAGUUCUCUCCUAAGUUUCUUAUUAACUACCUUCAAAUUGUGUUCCAUCAAUUAUAAGAUGAAAGAUCAAAUAAGUGCUCAGAAAAACAAAUACACGACAUGCAAGAAACUAUUCUAAAACAAUCAAGACAAAUAUUCAUUCAGCUCAUCAGUGCUUUAUCAAUAUGUAGUUGGUCAAUAACAACUAAUUUAUUGCCGAAUAAUCUUUUGAAGCGAGGAACGAGUGAUGUUGAAGUGGGAGAGGAAGAGGGUCGUUGUAAGAUUAUUACACCAGUUACAUAAGAGUGGAGUCGCCGGUCUCGUAAUUCUACAUAAUACGAUUGGUUGAGAAUGACGUCUAUCAGUGACAGGGUGGGGGGCAGUUUGGUGAACGGAGGGGCCCCUUGAGCGGCGGUCGGCUGUCGCUGAAACUGAAACGCGGCGCGUUUUCUGCGUCGGAAGGAAAACUGUGUGGAGCGUUUGAAGGCUGUUCGGCUGCUCGCUACAAGCGCUCUGCUCUCUGUCCGCUGUGCGCUGUCAGUUUGAAGCCGGUAGCCGGCGUGCUAGCUCAUGAAGUACGCUCAAUAUUCUUUUGUCAAUCAGUGUUGUUGUGAUUCAUAUUGUUCCCGCGUGUGUGUGUAUGUGUGUGCGCGCGCGAUCUUAUCAAUCAUACCACUAGCACCGAUAACAACUAUUGAGAGUGCUCUCGUUUGGAUUUUGUGAAACGUUCGUAUCUAUGGUUUUACGAUUGUGUAUGAGGGUCUAAUGCCCAGAUACUAUAAUAACAUAAUUUCUCAAAGUUUAAUUGAACUUUAAAGCUUCAUAUUAUCAAUAGAUACCUUUUUACACUACGGAGAGAACUUCAUCAAAUUCACAAUUUUUUUCACAACUCAGUGACAAGAGAAACGUAAAAUUUUGAAAUUAUGAAGAAGUUCAAAGCUUAUUGAAAAUACAUGUUAGGGAACAUGACUUGUUGAAAUAUCAUCAAACUUCAACCUUGUCAAGGUUCAGUGGAGUUGUGCCAGAGUUUUUAGUUAUUCUGUGACUUUGUGUGUGAAAAUCCGAGCGGAAAUUGCAAUUGACAUGGGAAAUCGGUGUGAAAAUAGCAUGCGUGAAGUGUAUAGGUAGACGGAAUGGUGGCUAGAAGCGUUCCCUCAGCCGGACAGGAUGUGGCCAGCGGCCAUUACACGCGACUCCUUCAGGAACAGGACAUUCUUUCUCUCGAAGAAUUGCGUCCCAGAAGACACACGCCUCUCUACUAUGAACUACCUCAAAGUUCGUGUUCAACGCCGAUGUUCCUGGGAAGUGGACAGCAACAGUCAGCAUCAUCAGCGUCAUCAGUGCAGCAGCAGGCGAGUGGGGGGGCUGCCACUGCCGGGUCAGGAGGAGGAGGGGUCCUUCACUCCAUGGAGUUGGCGCCUCAGGUUGACAGCACCAGAGAUCAUCCUUCCAAAAAGCGCAAGGCACCUUCUUACCACCUCUCUGGAAAUAAGAAGCUGGUUGGUUCAUUAUUGCUCAGAUCAUGCUGUUCUCGUAGUUCAACACUAUAGUAGCCCUUAAAAGGUCAGUGAUUAAAUUUCGUAAAUUAUAUUCAAUUCGCGUAAAUUCGAUUCAAUUUACGAAACAAAAAGUCUCAAUUAUCAACAUGAUGAAUGACCUCGAUGACAGUAAUCAAUUUUAUUUUUAUAAUACUUCAGGUUCCAGUCGCGCUUAUCAACAUCCAUAAAAUUCUCACUUAGGAAUAAUCAUCAUAUCGCAAAAAAUGAUAGAUUAAUCGUUCAUCCAUGAAUACAGAAUACGUUGCUAUUUUAACGUAAUAUUCAGACGUGAAUUGAUAAGCUCCAACUUCCCUGACUAAUUUAUUAUAAUGGUAGUAACCAAUAUAAAUAAAUUGCUAUUAGCUUUUAAUGGAGUGGUUCUACUCAGUGUUGAUGUAGAAUUUGCAUAUAACACAAGCCCACUAUAAUCUAAUGGCGCAUAAUUCUUUCUUCAUGAAGCUCGCACAGCACUUAGAUCUCAAUUACACCGUGACCGAGAACAACGCUUAUUUUAGUGACAUUUCUUCUCAAAAAAUCAGAAAAUUACCGUUAGAAAAAGAUUAUGCUACAUAAUCACUGUGGUUAUGGGUGUAUACAUACGAUAAUCCUAUGCAAACGGGCAUGAUCAUACCCGUUCCAGUAACCAUAUGAACAGGACAAAUCUUAUCACUCAUUAUUUCCGAGCUCUAUUUCAUAGAGCAAUUAGCCUGCUGGUUAACACGUGUUAUAUCUAUAAAUAGCUAAUAGACAGUAUUUUACUCUACUAUAAACAGAUAGAAGUGUUUACUACUACAUUUCACUACUUACAAGACAAUGAUUCAUUAAAUAAUUUUAGUGGAGUUCCGUAUAGCACUUCUGGGUGUGAAUGAGACUCUUGAUGAAGAAAAUCAAGUACCUGUUUGAGUAGAUAGUCUCAAAACGAUCUCCAAUCAAGGAGCUAAAAUCAUAUUCAUAGAACUUAAGAUUGAUGAAUGAUAACUAUAAUACAAAUAUAACGUAUAAUGGGUCAAUAGUAACUACAUUAUAUUAUAAUAACAACAACUCUAUUGUAAUCUAUAAAGUACAAUAGGGAGGACAGGUCUUAUAUCUCGUAAGAUGAAAUUUGGUCUUGUAUUAUAAAUUUUAAAGAUUCUAUCCUACAAUAUAAGAUUGAUUAUAUUAUUAUAUCAUAGAUCUGUAUUGUAGAUAACCUGUAUAGAAAAUGAGACAAAUUGAUCAUUCAUAAGUAUUAUUACUUUAUGUGCAAUUAUUUACUUCCUGGAUAAC